AUGAAAGCGAUCCGCCGGUCGAUAAAAGGCGAGAAAGAUACUCGACAAGUCCACCACACGUCCUUAACGCCCAAGAGCGCCCUUGCCAUAGUCCCCCCCAAGAAGGUUAUCAAAGCGCUCUUCGAUUAUAAUCCAGACCCUAACAAUACGCAAGAGCUAGGCUUCGCAAAAGGCGAUUUCUUUCAUGUUAUCAGCAGGGAAGAUGACCAAAAUUGGUAUGAGGCGUGCAAUCCCUUAAUACCGAGUGCUCGGGGACUGGUUCCAGUGACAUACUUUGAGGUGAUCGGGAAGACAGAAGGAGGCAGACAGAGUGGUGGCUCGGCAACAUCAGGCUCGAGCAAUGUUAUCCUGUCACAUGAUUCGGGAUACGUCGAAAAACCUACCCACACUCGCCAGGAAUCAGCUACAGGACCACGGAAACAUGGCCACAGCAGGAUACCAAGCGUGGGGAAGGGAUCGGGGGCGAUGGUGUACGGAAUCGUGCAGUACGAUUUCAGCGCUGAGAGACCAGACGAGCUGGAAGCAAAAGCAGGGGAAGCCAUCAUUGUAAUUGCCCAGUCGAACCCAGAAUGGUUUGUGGCGAAGCCGAUCGGAAGACUCGGAGGCCCAGGCCUCAUACCGGUAUCGUUCAUCGAGAUAAGGGACAUGUCCACAGGACAAGCUGUGCCAGACGCUCAAGGCGCUGUGACAAGAGCAGGAGUGCCAAAGGUGGAGGAGUGGAAGAAGAUGGCCGCCGACUAUAAGAAUAGUAGCAUUACGCUGGGAAAAUUUGAAACUGCUAACUCAGGGUUGAAAGAUUUGGAGAGGAUGAGCCUUAGCAAUGAAAGCAAUGGUAGCCCUUACGGUCAUCAUCAGAGACAGCCAUCCAGGAGUAACCAGAAUGGCUACGAUAGACGAUCACAACGCUCCGGGCUUGCCCCAACAUCUGCUUCAAUCCCGCGAUACAUUUUCGAGAAUGACAAAUACUGGUACAUAAUUGAAUGCCAAAUGGAAGAUGGGCGACAUUGGGAGCUCUCCCGCAUCUACCAGAAGUUCUAUGAUUUUCAGAUUGCCCUUCUGCAGCAGUUUCCCAACGAGGCGGUCGCUCCACCCGGUGGUAAGAGGGUGUUGCCAUUCAUGCCUGGGCCGGUCACCUAUGUCACAGAUGCAAUCUCGAAUGGCAGGCGAGAGAGUCUUAAUGAGUACGUCAAAGAGCUCCUUGCAUUGCCGCCCUACAUCUCACAAUGCGCUCUUGUGAGGGAAUUGUUCGCCCCUCGUGAGGGUGACCACGAGCUGGACCCUGACAGGGUAACUGAAGAUUACCGGCAUUCGAGUGGGUCGCAACAAUCGUCCUUUACCGGCAGUCUGUCACGGACAGCAUCCAGGCAGUCAUCUCAAGGGCAGAUGAAUGGCGCGAAUGGUUAUGGAGCCAUGGGGCCGCCGCCGCACAAAGGUAGUCACAGAAAUCAGAACUCGAUACCUGCAGCAAAUGGGGUUUCUCCAGGACAGCAGCAUUACCGUAAUCAAUCGGAUUAUCAAUAUCAGAAUACCGUCAAGCCUCAACCCUCUUCUAUCACUCAGGCUUCCGCAAACUCAUCUGGUCCUAACAACUCGACUACCAAUGUCAAUGCAUCCGGCGCACUGAAAAUCAAAGUCAGCUUCGAAAAUGAGAUGAUUGCUAUCAGAGUGCCAAACGAAAUUGGCUAUCUGCAGCUGAAGGAGAAGCUGAGAGAUAGACUGAAGAUUUCAGAUGAUAUUAUCGUACAAUAUAAAGACGAGCCUACGGAAACCUUUUGCGAAAUGCUGAGCGAUCGAGAUUUGGAUGUGGCGCUGAGCAGGAAUCAAAAAUUGACACUAUUCGUUCAAUGUGCAUAA